CGUGAGCUGAGCGCAGAGAGAUAGAGGAUUGGGAUCCAGAGAGGGAAGGAAGGAGGGAGAGACAGUGGGAAGCUAAACAGGUGGUCUGAAAACACGUAAGACAACAAUGUCGUCCUGCGGGAAGAUGCGGGAGCAGCCUUAGUCCCCGCGUCCGUGAGAGAAUAUCAGGGGAAAGUUUGGAGCACAAAGCCUCCCAUGCUCCUUUCUGCUUUCCCUGUAGUCCUCGUACCGCUUCUCCUCCUCGCCUGACUCCGCCGUCGACUCGGGAAGCCCUCCCUCGGAUUCUACAGCAUGAAAGUGACGGUUUGCUUCGGCAGGACGCGCGUGGUGGUUCCGUGCGGGGAUGGGAACAUCAAAGUGCGCGCUCUCAUCCAGCAAGCUGUCAUGAGAUAUAAGAAAGCCAUCGCUAAGGAUUCUAAUUACUGGCUCCAAGUCCACCGACUGGAGCACGGCGAUGGCGGCAUCCUGGACUUGGAUGACGUGCUCUGUGACGUGGCCGACGACAAAGACAGGCUUAUAGCUAUUUAUGAUGAGCAGGAGCCUCAUCAUGGAGGUGACGGCACCAGCGCCAGCUCCACCGGGACCCAGAGCCCGGACUUGUUUGCCACAGACCUCAGCGCCGGCAGUGGUGCCUCUGCCUUCCAACCCUACAAGGCAACGAGUGAAAUUGAAGUCACACCGUCCGCUCUGCGCACCAACAUGCCCCUCCAUGUUAGGCGCAGCAGCGAUCCCGCUCUGCUGACAGUGAACGGACCGUUUAGCGCCGUGGAGUCACGGGUCCAAACAGAAGAGACGCCAUCCAGAAAAACCCCUACCCGCUGGUCCACCACCGCUGGCUUCCUGAAAGCACGUCACUGCUCCGGCACAAACAGCCUGGAGAGGAAGAGUAAAGGUUUGGAUACGUAUCGCAGCUUACCACGGGAUGCAGGAACCUGGGCUAAUCAGAGGGAGUUUCAGCGAGAAACAGCCCGCUCUUCCCUCAGCGCCAAUCACCCCAUGGUUGACCGCUGGUUAGAGAGGCAGGAACAGGAGGAGACAAGAGAGGAGGGAAAUGGGAGGAUCGAGCCGGUGGGCCGGGCAGACUCCUGCAUGGAACACACUCCCUUCAGGUCUUUGGAAGACAUUGUCCAAGUGGUGGAGGUUUCUAACGACGGCGGGCCCCUGGGAAUCCAUGUGGUGCCGUUCAGUGGCAGGGACCGCAGGACUCUUGGCUUGUUGGUCAAGCGUCUGGAGAAGGGAGGGAAGGCGGAACAGCAGGGCCUGUUCCAAGAGAACGACUGCAUCGUCCGUAUCAAUAACGGAGACCUGCGAAACAUCAGAUUCGAACAAGCCCAGAAUAUGUUCCGUCAAGCCAUGCGCUCUCCUGUGAUCAUGUUCCACGUGGUGCCGUCCUCCAUGAAGGUCCAUUAUGAGCAGAUCUCCCACGCCGAGAGGAAUCCUUCCUUCUCCUCUGGCCGCUAUAGCCCCAACUUCACAGCGGGGGGCACAGGCUUGAAUGCCGACCAGCAGAAGAUGUCCCGCCAUGGCUCCCAGUCUCACCCACACGCCCACCCUCACGCACACCUUCACCCAGAAGCCGCUGACACUUACCCCCCCCUGACACACCCUGCUGUCACUGCGGCGAAGCCUCCCACGGGACAGACGCACUCGCCACAAAAGGGGCUAAACUCCACCCUGACGUCAGGAUACACAAAGAAAGUUGGGAGAAGACUCAACAUCCAGCUGAAGAAAGGCCCUGAGGGACUGGGCUUCAGUAUAACGUCAAGAGAUGUUCCCAUCGGGGGCUCGGCACCCAUCUACGUGAAGAACAUUCUGCCGCGGGGAGCCGCCAUCCAAGAUGGCCGCUUAAAGGCAGGAGACAGGCUGCUGGAGGUGAACGGAGUGGAUCUGAAUGGGCGGACUCAGGAAGAGGUGGUGGCAUUACUCAGGGCCACACCCAUGGGUGGAGCUGUGGGAUUGCUGGUUCUACGCCAAGAGGAUGCCUUCCUCCCCCGGGAAGUGAGUGCUGAGCCCCAGAUCCAACACUCCAAUGAUUUGCAGAGGACAGAGGAGGAUGAGUUGGUUCUAACUCCUGACGGUACAAGAGAGUUUCUGACCUUUGAGAUCCCGCUCAGCGACUCUGGUUCUGCAGGGCUGGGCGUGAGCGUCAAAGGAAAUCGCUCCAAGGAAAACCACGCAGAUCUGGGCAUUUUUGUGAAAUCUAUUAUUAAUGGAGGAGCGGCCUGCAAGGAUGGGCGGCUGAGAGUAAAUGACCAAUUGAUCGCUGUCAACGGGGAGUCUCUGUUGGGCAAAACCAACCAAGACGCCAUGGAGACGUUACGCAAGUCCAUGUCAACGGAGGGCAACAAGCGCGGGAUGAUCCAGCUCAUUGUUGCCAGACGAGUGGUCAAGAGAAAUGAGGAGCUUCCAGGAAGCCCCCCGCCAUCAGAGCAGACUGUGAACACUUCCCUGGACGACCACGAGCGCAGAAUCUCCCACUCUUUGUAUGGUGGCCUUGAAGGCCUCGACGACAACCUGAUGCCCCGACCAGGAAUGAUCCCACGAACGAUAGGAAACUACCAGCUCUCGCCGACCGUCAACAUGCCGCAGGAUGACACAGUGAUCAUAGAGGACGACCGGCCGCCGCUCCUCCCGCCGCACCUGUCCGACCACUCCUCGUCCAGCUCUCACGAGGACGUGGGCUUUGCUGCUGAAGGGAUGCCAGUGUGGGCCAAAGAGCUGCCUGCUCACAACGACAGGACCUUGAGUCCAGAUGAAAACCAACCCGACGGGGCUUUUCAGAGGGAAGGGUUUGGGCGCCAAAGUAUGUCUGAGAAACGCACCAAGCAGUUUGGAGACGCCGCCCAGCUAGAGAUCAUCAAAACACGCAAGUCGAAAAGCAUGGAUCUAGUAGCCGACGAGAUUAACCUCACCCCUCGUCCCGAAACCGGAUCAGGUUCUUCCACAAAAGAUGUUGGACCAUCGCUGGGCUUGAAGAAGUCCAGCUCUCUAGAGAGUCUUCAGACAGCCGUAGCAGAGGUUACGCUCAAUGGGGACCUCCCGUUCCACAGGCCCCGCCCCCGAAUCAUCAGGGGGCGCGGUUGCAACGAAAGCUUCAGAGCUGCCAUCGACAAAUCCUAUGACCGGCCCGCCACUGUGGAAGACGACGAUGAGGGCAUGGAGACGUUGGAGGAGGACACGGAGGAGAGUUCCAGGUCUGGGAGAGACUCCGUGUCUACGGUGGCAGACCAGACGCCAUUGUCCGGCAUGGAAAAGCCUCUGGUAAACGGCACUUACCGCACCAAAGACGAGAAGAAAAAGGACAAGGACAAAGGAGGGAAAGAGAAGAAGAAGCCUGAAGGAGGGAAGGAAAAGGGAAAACCAAAGAAGGGCAUGCUGAAAGGACUCGGGGACAUGUUCAGGUUUGGAAAAUACCGCAAAGAUGAGCGACCGGGAGAGAAAAUAGAUCGGAAAGGAUCCAACAAAUGGAAACCUGAAGAGGCGCAGGCAUCAGACGAAGACAUGAUGAAGAUGAGGCUGGAGCAGGAGAGGAUCCAGGCCAAGACCAGGGAGCUGAGGGAGCGUCAAGCCCGGGAGCGAGACUACGCCGAGAUUCUAGACACAAGCCGCACCCCAGAAAGACCCUCGGAUGACCACUACUCUGCCGCCAACCCGCUGAACUGCUCCCUGGACGGCGGCCACAGCCGGCCCCACAGCCCUCGCGACGACCCCUUCCAUUUUAAUCACCAGCACCAGCACUCAGAUGCCAGUCUCUACAGCCAGCUUGGCAAGCCUCGCAGUGAGCGGCCUCCUUCAACAGACAGUUACCGGUUAACUCCUAGCAACCACGACCGGAUACAGAAGCUGCGGCAGGAGUUCCAGCAGGCCCAGAACGUCCCAGAUGACCCAGAUGAUCGCAGAAGAACCUACAGCUUUGAACAGUCCUGGUCAAACGUCAACAGCAACGGUUCCACCGGGUACAGCCAGCCGGGUCGGCACUCGGUGUCGGUAGAGGUGCAGAUGCAGCGACAGAGGCAGGAGGAGAGGGACUCCUUUGCUCAGCAGCAGCGGCAGUACAGCUCCCUGCCACGGCAACCCAGGAAGAAUCCCAGCACCGUCUCCCAUGACUCCUGGGAUAAAGCUUACCCACCAGGUGAGGGAUUCCAGAUGGCCAAGGACAAUCCAAGGUACUCCAGCUAUCAGGGCUCCAGGAACGGAUACCCAGGAGGAGGCAGCGUCAACGCCAGAGUCCUCCUGGAGGCCCAGGAGCUGUUGAGGCAGGAGCAGAGACGCAGGGAGCAGGAAGCCAAAGGAAAGCUGAUGCAGGAAAGCAGCGGUAAAAGCAGCUACGACGGACACACGGUUCAUCUGAAGGAUCCAGCCUCCCCAAAGGGGCCGUACCGCCAUGAUGUGCCGCCCUCGCCCUCGCAGCUAGCGAGGCUCAACAGACUCGGGUCGGAGAAGGGGAGACUCUUCUACUCUUAAGGAUUUAGCCUUGAAUUGAAGGAUGAACAACUGUACUCAGACGGAAUGUCACAAACUACCUAAAGGUCUUAUAGCUUAGCAGCGAUCUUAGAGGUAAACUGUUGUGAAGUCUGCACAGUAUGUGGGUGUUUGUGUUCGAUCCCCUGCUGUGCCUCUGACCUAUACCGGCUGUCAGUCACUCACUCAGCCACCUACAUCCAUUAGAUGCUCGGUGCCUUCUCUGCACUCCAGAACACUAUGCUCGUUCAGAACCGCUCUGAUUCAUCCAGAUCUGGCGCUGCUGUGUUCUGACAAUCAAGCAGGCAAACGAGUGGGCGUUCUUUCGAGUCCUCAGGAAGGCGUACGUUUCUCUGUGUGGGCAUGUGACAAGGUACAUGUUUCAGUGAGCAGCCUGCGUGUCCCAUGGUUACUAGUCCCACCUGUCAAAAAUCUGUUGCUCCUGAAUUUUCUGCCUUUCUCUGGCAUUCUCUCACAGGGGGAAGCAGAGAAAACAGGUUUAGGUGGGGGAAAGAAAGCAGGGCACGCCGUGUGUGAGUUUUAUUAAUAAAAGGCCCUUCAUAAAUGAUUCAUAUUGUGUGCUUCCUCCUUGGAGGAGACUCAGGCAGAGAGCGUAGACAGCUCUGAUCCUCUGCCUAGCCCUGCCUCCCUGUUCUGAAUCGCACUCGUCGGCCUCCAGCCCGAGCUCCCAUCCUCUCCCACCGUCAUUCUCCUCUCAUUUGCUCACAAUCCACCUCUGUCUCAUCUCACCCUUCCUCUCCUGCUAACGCCCCCUCCCCCUUGCCUCUCGAGCUGUGCUUGUCGCUGAAUUUUUCAUCAGAAGCCACCUGCUGCCUGUCAGAGCCAGAGAAGGCUACUACCAGAGGCUCCAAGCUGGACCCAGCCUGUGACCAAGAGGGCAGCAAAUUAGGAGAAGAGGAUAUUAAACAGAGCCCAUUUCUACUGUUUGUAACAAAAGGCUACUUUUUUUCCUGUAUUUUGUUUCAGUCAGUGUUCAGACAACGCUCCAGGAGUCAGGCAGGGAGGGCGUCAUUUUUGAAAUAAAGCAGUGAAUGAAAGAACAAAACGCUUUCCUCACAACACCUUCAAUGCACAUUCAGGUGUCGCAAUGCAAGUUUUUAAGUCUGUUUUCAGGCUGUACGUACAAAACCAGUUAAAAAUCAAACCGGCUGAACUUUGACCAAUCGAGGACUUGGAUUUGGUAAUGUCGGAUGGAUGAAGUCUCUUAAUUCACAGAAGUGCCAACCAUUUGAAAAUUGAUAAUUGAGGAGAAAUGGGUUUGUGCCCGAAUGGAAUUACACUGACCAAAACUAUAAACGCAACACUUUUGUUAUUGCUCCCAUUUUCCACAUACACAAAAUAAGCAGUUCUCUGAAAUAUUGUUCACCAAUCUGUCUAAAUCUGUGAUAGUGAGCACUUCUCCUUUGCCAAGACAAUCCAUCCCACCUCGCAGGUGUGCCAUAUCAAGAUGCUGAUUAGACAGCAUGGUUAUUGCACAGGUGUGCCUUAGACUGGCCAUUGACAUUCAAUAGCCGCUCGUUUUGUACGAGCCUGAGAAACUGACUUAAAAACUUCUGUAGCGACACAUGAACGUGGGAGUUUUGAAUGCAGAAGCCCCAAACGCACAUUUAAGCACAUCUACAUAGACCUUUCAUUGGAAGUGGCCACUUGAAUACGCACUUCCAAGCCGAGUGUGAACAAACUAUCAGAGUUUGGGGUGACGAUGGUAGCAGCUUCUAAAGCAGGUGUGGGCAACUCUAGGCCUCAAGGGUUAGUGUGACUGCAUGCUUUCCAGAGAAUGGCUGAUUACCUGGAUCAGGUGUGUCCAGCCAAUUAGGUUGUGGCAGAGCAGCUGGGUGUGUUGGAAAAACAGCCAGGAAUGCAUUUCUCGAUGCCACCCUUGCUCUAAAAACAUCUGCACUCAUCUGCCGUUGUCAGAUCCACAUAAAAACCUCAGUUUACCUAAAAAACUGAAAUCCUUAUUAUCAUUAUAAAGCAGCAAAUUUCUUUUCUGUGGUGUGAUGUUGAGGCGUAGCUCAGGAGGCAGUGCAGUUUGAGUUUUUUGAAUCCUUGACUCUUGAAGUCUACAUAAAGACUUGGACUGUUUAACAGUUAACAUUAACAUUUAAGUUCUGCUGUCUCUGGUGUUUUUUUGGAUAAUAAGCUACAGGGGAGAGCGUGCCAUAUAAGUGGGUCAAUACAGGUUUGUUAGAUGAGCUUUUAUCACCAAAAAUAAUUCAAACUGAUUGGGAUUAUGUUUUAAACAAGGUGGAAAUAAACUAGGAUUAAAAGCUAACUUGAGAGAAUUUAUUUCAACUUCUAUGUCAGUGGGAAUGUUGUGAACUUUGUCGAGGUUUGAUGCGUGAUAGAAUGUGAUUAUAAAUGUUUUUCUGUACUCUGUGAGGAGGCUCUGCUGUUGGAUGAUCAGAGUAUUGCGUUGCUUCGUUUUGCAUUAACAAUGCAUUGAUCUGCUUUGUGUCAACAUAGGAACUGACGUUGUUUUUAAUCCUCCACAAAUGAAACUGGAGGCAACAGUUUGGCUGCUGGUUUUAUGACCUUCAAUUAUUUACAUUUUCACUUCAUUAAAAAUGCGACCUGUUAUUGCCAAAUGUUUCAGCCCAGAAGAAGCUAACCCACCACGCACGCACGCGCGCACACACACACACAAACACACACACACACACACACACACACACACCCACACACACACACACACACGCACUCACACACACAUGCUGCUGUUGGUGGCAACCAAUGUUUUCAGUCUGAACGUUUGUGACGACGCUGUUUCUGCCUGCAGGCGAGACAGAGGGCGAGCUUUAAACAAAAGAUGAACACAGAGAAUCAACAGAGAAGCUGUGGAAAACAAACAGGCGGUUUCGAAUGCCACCUCCCUCCUACACACUUUCCUUAUGCAGAGUGAAGCUGCAUUAUCCCUGUCUGUUAAUGAAGCGCAGCACUGGGAAAGUUUAUGCUCUGCACGGCGGGGGGUGGGGGGUAGACUAGUGACAGGAAAUGCGUAGGAAGAUGAAGGAUUCCAGACUGAUGAAAAUUUGGGGUAUUCACCUGUUUUUUUUCUUUUUUAUCAGGGUGUUAGACAGAAAAAAGCAACGUUUUGUGUUUUUAAAGCCCCACCGGAGUAUGGAAGGGAGAGCUAAACGGUAUGAAAGAAGGAAAAAGUGUUUGACCUCUGCUUAACAAAUUUAUGAUGUCAAAAAGUGCCUGAGGGAAUAUCUCUAGGAAACACAAAGAGGGACACAACAUUUGUCUGUGACUGCAGCACAUAAACUGUGGCUUUUUAUCAUUAUCCAAUGAAAUGGUGUCAUUUUUGUAUUUUAUCUAUGAGAGUUGAUGAGUACUGCAUAUUUUCCUCUGGCACAGCCUUCCAGCUCGUUGUGUUCUAUGACAUGAAGUUAAUGAAUGCUGAUGAUGUGCAAUGUGCUUGUUUUUUCAGAGAAAUGUAUCCAGACACUUUUUCCUGUACAUAUCAAGUUUAGAAUAAAAUAGAAGGCUGCUCCAUCCUGUUGACCAGCCACCAAACGGC